UCGACCCUUUCAGAUGUAGGCAGGCGAGACCCCGGAUGGAUUUCGGGAGCGUCAUGAACAAGGCUGUGACCCCCUGCUCCCCCACUGUCAACUAUGAGCUGCCUUCCCUGGGGGAGAGCAUCAUGAAGCAGGCAGACGCCCUGGACGUCACAAAAUCCCCUAGGAGUGGGCAGUCACGUCACAAAACAUCCAGGAGCAUGAGCCUGACUGCAGCCAUGGAGAGUAGUUGUGAGCUGGACCUGGUGUACAUCACGGAGCGGAUUAUUGCCGUCUCCUACCCCAGUGCGGCUGAAGAGCAAAGCUUCUGCAGCAACCUCCGCGAGGUGGCCCACAUGCUGAAGUCCAAGCAUGGGGACAACUAUGUGCUUUUCAACCUCUCUGAGCGGAGAAAUGACAUCAGCAAGCUUCACUCCAAGGUGCUGGAUUUUGGGUGGCCUGACCUGCACACCCCAGCGCUAGAGAAGAUCUGCAGCAUUUGCAAAGCCAUGGACACGUGGCUCAAUGCCGCGGCGCACAACGUGGUGGUGCUGCACAACAAGGGAAACCGUGGCCGGCUGGGGGUGGUAGUGGCUGCCUAUAUGCACUACAGCAACAUCUCGGCCAGUGCCAACCAGGCUCUGGACAGGUUUGCCAUGAAGCGAUUCUAUGAGGACAAGGUGGUACCAGUGGGGCAGCCAUCCCAGAAGAGGUACAUCCAUUACUUCAGCGGGCUCCUCUCUGGCAGCAUCAAGAUGAACAACAAGCCUCUCUUCCUCCAUCAUGUCAUCAUGCACGGCAUCCCCAACUUUGAGUCAAAAGGCGGUUGUCGGCCCUUCCUGAAAAUAUACCAGGCCAUGCAGCCCGUCUACACCUCGGGGAUCUACAACGUGCAAGGAGACAGCCAGACAGGCAUCUGCAUCACCAUUGAGCCUGGCUUACUACUGAAAGGUGAUAUCUUGCUGAAGUGUUACCACAAGAAGUUUCGCAGCCCGACCCGUGAUGUGAUUUUCCGUGUGCAGUUCCACACAUGUGCUGUGCAUGACCUUGAUGUUGUCUUUGGCAAGGAAGACCUGGAUGAGGCCUUCAGAGAUGACCGCUUCCCUGAGUACGGGAAGGUGGAGUUCGUGUUCUCCUAUGGCCCUGAGAAGAUCCAAGGCAUGGAGCACCUGGAGAACGGGCCCAGUGUUUCUGUGGACUACAACACAUCUGAUCCGCUCAUCCGGUGGGACUCCUAUGAGAACUUCAACAUCCAGCGUGACAAUAGCACGGAGGGAGCCUGGGCUGAGCCACCGCUCCCUGGCAAGCACCUGGAGAAAGAGGUUGGGCACACACAAGGGCCUCUGGAUGGGAGCCUCUACGCUAAAGUGAAGAAGAAAGACUCCCUCCACGGCAGCACCGGUGCCAUCAACGCUGCCCGCCUCCCACUGCCAGCAGCACCCAACCACGUUGAGCACACGCUCUCGGUGAGCAGUGACUCGGGCAACUCCACCGCCUCCACCAAGACUGACCGGACCGAUGAGCCGGGGGUGCCUGGGGCGCCUGGUGGCCAGGCGGUGCUGAGCCCUGAGGAGAAGCGGGAGCUGGAUCGUCUCCUUGUUGGCUUUGGCCUGGAGAGCGCCCCACCCAUGCACAACCACCUGCCUGGCCCCGUACCGGCACGCCUGACAGCCAUGCCGGGCCGCCAUGUGGUGCCGGCUCAGGUGCACGUUAAUGGGAAUGCUGCGGCACUGGUGGCUGAGCGGGAGACGGAUAUAUUGGAUGACGAUCUGCCCAACCAGGAUGGACACAGUGUGGGCAGCCUGGGCACACUCUCUUCCUUGGAUGGCACCACCACUGCAAGUGAGGCUGGCUACCAGGAAGCUCACCGUGUGGGAAGCCUGUCCUCGCUGCCCAAUGGGCCUUCGAGCUGCAAUGGGACCGAGAAGUUGCUGAAGGAGGGGCUGUAUGAUGGUGAGCUGCUCUCCAAUGGUGGCUACCCCUACAACAACCAGAAUACCCUCACAGGCCACCACCUCCGUGACACGCUGCCUUCCCUGAGGCCCUCAGCGUCUGCUCAGGACCACCUGGCUGGCUACCCACAGCGUCCACCUGGCUCCCACACUCCAGGCUGGCUCCAGCCUCAGCCGCUUCCCAGUUCCCAGUCCUACCUGUAUGGCUAUGACCCCCCUGGCACCUAUCACUCCCGGUCCUUCCCAGUGGUGGACACAGCCAAGUACGAUGUGAACCCAGCACUGCCCCAGGCUCCAGCUCGCAGCACCAGCAGCCGGGAGGCUGUGCAGAGGGGCUUGAAUUCCUGGCAGCAGCAAGGAGGGAGUCGGCCACCUUCUCGGCUGCAGGAAGGUGGCGUGGAGAGCCACAGCCCCAGCGUCUCUAGCUGCAGCCCCCAGCCCAGCCCGCUGCAGCUGGUGCCCCCCCACAGCCACAGCAUGCCGGAGUUCCCCCGGACGCCUUCCCGGCGGGAGAUCGAGCAGUCCAUUGAAGCUCUUGACGUCCUCAUGCUGGACCUUGCGCCGGCCAUCCACAAGUCACAGAGCGUGCCUGCUGCCUCCCGACAGGAUAAGCCUGCAGGAUCCCUGCACUCCUCCCUCUCAGCCCAGCCCAUUGCUGGCCUCUAUGCCCGGCCGACUCCGCAGGUGGUCCAACCAAGGUCCUUUGGCAUCUCUGUGAGCCCUGUGGUCUCCGAGCCCGAGGGCAAAGCCCAUUCUCCCAGGGAGCCAGACUAUGGAGUGCAUGAGUACCGGGAAACUUACUUGCCCUACAACUACCAGUCAGCCCCAGUGCCAGAGCCAAGGAGCUACAGCCAUUCCCCAGCCGGAGCACCGAUGGGAAUCCCCCCCCACAGCACUUCCUACAGCCCUGCAGGGUCUCAGCAGCAUCUUGUCUCCUCUCCGCCUUCCCCCACCAUCCCAGCACAAACCCAGAUGCCCCCCAAGGGACCAGAGAGCUAUGAAGACCUGUCGAGGUCGGCAGAAGAGCCCUUGAAUCUGGAGGGCCUGGUGGCCCACAGAGUGGCAGGGGUUCAGUCCAGGGAGAAGUCCCCGGAGGAGAGCGCUUUCCCUGCCCGUAAACGGACCCCCAGUGAUAGCCACUAUGAGAAGAGCUCGCCGGAGCCCAGCUCGCCCCGCAGCCCCACUGUCCUCUCACCUGAGGUGGUCAGCACCAUCGCAGCCAACCCUGGAGGGAGGCCCAAAGAGCCUCACCUCCACAGCUACAAGGAAGCCUUUGAAGAGAUGGAGGGUGCUUCCCCCACCAGCCCACCCUCCAGUGGCGUGCGUUCUCCGCCCGGCCUGGCCAAGACCCCACUGUCAGCACUGGGACUGAAACCCCACAACCCAGCUGAGAUCCUUCUGCAUCCAGUGGGAGAGCUAGAAGGGGAGGCAGGUGGUGACUCUGAAGAAGAGCCCAGGAGCUAUGUCGAGUCUGUGGCCCGCACGGCCACAACAGGCAGAGGAGGAACCCUACCCACUACCCAUCCCGGAGGCCCAGAGGUGCCCACAAGGAAUGGCACUUUCACCAACUCCUUCAACACCCCCAGCCCCAUCUCCACCAGCAGUCCCAUUCAUAGCGUGGAUGGGGCCUCCCUCCGCAGCUACCCAUCAGAGGGCAGCCCCCAUGGCACAGUUACACCUCCCCACGCCUCGUCUGAGCUUGUUUACCGGUCGCCUGUCAGCUCGCAGAUGCCUUCUACUCACAGCAGCUAUCAAAACUCGUCUCCAUCCUCUUUUGCAAUGGUCCAAGGUGGCGUCCCAGGCUCAGCAUACACCAGCCCUGACUACCCUGAUGGCCGUGCUGCCCUCCAGCCAGACACCCAGGCUCGGCCGCAACCUCACGGCAGUGUGGGGGCCCACGUUGUACCGGGCAGCCCCCGCACCCUGCAUCGGACAGUGGCUACCAACACACCGACACCACCCAGCCCUGGCUUUGGGCGAAGGGCUGUCAACCCCAGUAUGAGCAGUGCUCCUGGCAGCCCUGGGAUGGGCAGACAUGCAGUGGCAGUCCAUGGCAACCUGGUGGCCCCACCUGGAAGCCCCAGCCUGGCCAGGCAUCAAGCUGCAGCAGCUCUCCCGCCUGGCAGCCCCCUGUAUGGAUACUCCAGCCCAGAGGAGAGGCGCCCAACGGUGUCUCGGCAGAGCAGCUCCUCCGGCUACCAGCCUCCCUCCACGCCGUCCUUCCCAGUCUCGCCGGCUUACUACCCCGGCACAAGCACGCCGCAUUCCUCCUCCCCAGACUCGGCUGCCUACCGUCAGGGUAGCCCCACACCACAGCCCAUGCUGCCUGAGAAGCGGCGGAUGUCGGCUGGGGAGCGCUCCAACAGCCUCCCCAACUAUGCCACUGUCAAUGGUAAGGUGUCCUCGCCCCUCUCCAGCCCCAGCAGCGGGGGUGCCGUCACAUUCUCCCACACCCUGCCGGACUUCUCCAAGUUCUCCAUGCCAGACAUCAGCCCUGAGACUCGUGCCAAUGUCAAGUUUGUCCAGGACACUUCCAAGUACUGGUAUAAACCAGAGAUCUCCAGGGAGCAGGCCAUUGCACUGCUGAAGGACAGGGAGCCAGGAGCUUUCAUCAUUCGAGACAGCCACUCCUUCCGGGGAGCCUAUGGCCUUGCCAUGAAAGUAGCUUCUCCGCCUCCCACGGUUGUGCAGCAGAACAAGAAAGGAGACAUCACCAACGAGCUGGUGAGGCACUUCCUCAUCGAGACCAGCCCACGGGGUGUGAAACUAAAAGGAUGCCCCAACGAGCCCCAUUUUGGAUGUCUCUCUGCCCUGGUCUACCAGCACUCCAUUAUGCCCUUGGCCCUGCCCUGCAAGUUAGUCAUUCCUGAUCGAGAUCCCAUGGAGGAAAAGAAGGACGCUGCAUCUGCCGCCAACUCGGCCACAGACCUCCUCAAACAGGGUGCGGCCUGCAAUGUCCUCUUCAUCAAUUCAGUGGAGAUGGAGUCACUAACGGGCCCACAAGCCAUUGCAAAGGCUGUCACGGAGACACUGGUGGCUGACCCCACGCCCACUGCCACCAUUGUCCACUUCAAAGUCUCUGCACAAGGCAUCACCCUAACGGACAACCAGAGGAAAUUGUUCUUCCGACGUCACUACCCCCUCAACACUGUCACCUUCUGUGACCUGGACCCCCAGGAGCGAAAGUGGACUAAAACUGAUGGAAAUGGCCCAGCCAAGCUCUUCGGCUUUGUGGCCAGGAAGCAAGGGAGUACCACAGACAACAUCUGCCACCUCUUUGCGGAGCUGGACCCAGACCAGCCAGCUGCAGCCAUUGUCAACUUUGUCUCCAGGGUCAUGCUUGGAUCUGGCCAGAAAAGAUGAGCUAGCACUUGCGGGUGAUUCUUGAAUUUUGGAGAAGGACUUGGAGCAGAUCCGAGAAGGAGUGUGAGGAAGUGCAUUGUGGGAGAGGGAAGUGAAUUUGGGGGGGCGGGGGAGGGGAAGGGUUGGAAUUUUGGAGGAAAACAGCAAACAACAAGAAAGCCCCAAUGAAACCCCUAAAAACUCAACAUAAGCCAAACACACACAUAGAGGAACCAAACCCACGCACCUACAUAAGAGAACCACAAAGUCACGCCAGAGAGGAUGCAUGUUCUGUCACAGGGAAGGUGACCAAAUGAAGGUGGCAGUGAGAGGUGUGUUCCCAGCUUUCAGCGUCGUGGUCCCAGGAGAUGACAUCCACUUGGGACUGAUUGCAGGACCAAGACUGGUGUUUUUUCAUCUGCAACAAAAAGAUGCAACUGGCAAAACUCAUGGAAGAAGCUCUGUCCCAGCAGCUCCAUCAGUGAAAAUCAGCUGUAUGUUUGAAAUGACUGUAGGAGAUCAUGAUGUGGGCUGGGUCUCUGUGGGACACUGCAGUAGAUGCUCUCAGAAACCUUCCCUUGUCUGGCUACAGAGUAGGGUUCUCACCAGCCCUUGAAUGUCUUCUGAAACUGGCUGAUCUCCUGGCAACUUGCUGGGGACGUGGAGGGACUUGGUUCUGACCCCUCCCGUCCCUGGAGAGCUCAGCUAUGGGCAGACCUGCAUUGCUGACCCAGAGCCCAGCGCCGGUCACAGGUGAGCAGCUGUGAGUCUACCUGCAGAAGCGGGGAGGGGGUCAUGACAUUUCUUCAUCUCUCCCAGUGGUGUUUCUGCCUCCAAGCUGGCAAGGAGAUGUGUGGGGGAGGCAGAUGCUCCCUGGCAGCCUCCUUGGAGGAUGCAGAAAGUUGUCUCCUCUCCAUCUUCCCCUUUCCUCUCCCAUCGGUCUUUGGUAGUUUUCUCCUGUGGGCUGUCACACUUUCUCUUAUACACACACACCAAAAAAACCCCCCAAAAACCAGAAAGGCAAGAAAACCAUUGUAUUAAUAAUAAUAAUGAAUAAUAAUAAUUAUAAUAAUAGCAGAUGCUGGCACAGGUGGGUUCUCUGUGCAAAGCAGCAGCCCCGUGGCUAUCCCCGUCUCGCUCUUCGGAGACGCUCAAGCGGUUUUUAAAUUGCAUGGACGUUCCAGCUGCACGAGAGGUGAAUGACUACAAGUAACUCAGGCGCUUUUUCUUCCUUUUGUUUUGGAGGCCACGUUAAAGAAGAAAAAGAAAGUAAGCAAAUUUUAAAUAGGAAAUAAAAAAGGAAAGGACCUGCGGUCGCUGGGCAGCUUUGGCUCGGUGGCCAGGUAAACAAGUCCUCCGAGAGCCGCCCCUGCUAGGCACAUGUGUGCCCUCAAAACCGACUGGCUGGAGGUUUGUGCCUUCCAAAUGCACCGUAGAUUUGCAGUGGCUUCGGUGCUGACAGCUUUUCCCUUUGGGGAAGUAAGGAGGGCCAGCUGGGGGGUGAGAGGGACAAAGGGCCCCCAUGCUGCUGCAGGGGCAGUUCAUGGAUGGAGAGGCAGCAGGCAGAGGUACCAGCCCCCCAAUCCAGGGAAGAGGCAGAGGAUGCUUUGGUCACACAUUUAGGUUUGGGGCAGGGGGAGCAGUCUGGCUGGAGUGAUGACUGAUCAUUGCUGAGCUCUCUGCUGCAAAUAUUUGCCCUGCCUCGGGCUUUCUGGGAGAAGUUUUCUGUGCAAAGUGGCCCAGAUAAUUUAUUUGGGGCAAGAAUUAGAAACAUAGCACUGCAGCCCCCAAUCCCGGAGAGCUUGUCUUCCUUGGGCCGCCCUUGCCUUGAUAGCUACACUAUAUAUGCAAACUAUAUUGAUGAAAUACUGUAAGCUAACAAAAGUUUUAAGGAGGAAAAAGCAGUUAAAUUUACACUCUGAAAAUAUUUUUUUUUUUUGGCCAUAUUGCUUUGUGUGCAUCAUAACUCCCCCAUUAUAUCUGCACCCCUUCCUCUGCCCCGGGGAAGUACCUGCACGUUAAAAGAAGAUCCAGAAGAAGGAGAAAUGCUGAUGGGGGCAGAGGUGCGGGGACCCCCCUCCCCAUGCCGGGGCAGUGUGCAUGUGGCUGGUGUGCAUGUGCGUGUGCGUGCGUGUGUGCGUGGGGGAGCGAGCGGCAUGGGCGCCCGGAGCGGGAUGGCACAGCUGGAUGUACUGGAGUGAGAGUGUGUAAGGAUGCCAAGUGAGGAGUUGAUUGAGAGAUGGAGGCAGGAUGGGGUGCUCUGGGGGGAGGGGGACUUCCCACCUCCUUGGUUCCCCAGCUGCAUGGAUGUGGAGACCUUUUCAUUCUUGAUGUUGUCAAAAAAGCGAUUCCCUCCUUCUGCGAAAUUCAAGCGAGAUGAGAGAUGCUAUCACCCGUGAUCUCCUCACCUUGCCAGUCACCGGCCAGAGAAAACACUGUGUUUAUAGAUAGAUAAAGAUAUAUUUUUGAAAGCCUCUAUUUUUCAAACUUGGUUUUCUCACUGCUAAGAAAAAGAGAUGAUAAUAAUGUAAUUUUAUUUUAAUCUGCUGCCUCGGGAAACUGGUGCUUGGAAGUCCCUAUCCUCUUUUUCUCUCCGUACAAACGAAGCAGAUCUUAAGCACCCCAGAGAUGUUGUGUAGAAGCUGACCCCAGCAGAUAACUUGCCGAUAGCACCAUGCCUGCUUCAGGCCCUGAGCCGCUCACGGCUUCCCCACUAACCCACUAGCUGAAGAUUUAGACUGUAUCAAAAUCUCAAACACUAAUCUGAUGAUUAUAUACAUAUAUAUAUUUUUAACACGCAGCUAAUCACUUUCCAAUGAUGUAGCCGGGUGUUCGUCAACUCCCUUUAAAGGCACUUUCCCCCCUCCCCUUUUAUCUCCUUUAAAAAGUUACAUUUUAAGGUGUAACUACCCUUUUGGUCCCCAGGAGAGACAGGAGGCUGGCGUUCAGAGUCGCCCAGGUCUUGGGGCUGGUGGGGACCCAGUGUUGAUAUUUUUUCCUUAUGAAAGGGACGGAAAAGACUGUUGUGGUUUUGUUUU